AUGCCUGUGCCCAGACUUGUUCGCGGCCAGCGACGGGAGCCAUGCCAAGGUGCCCUUAGCUUAGGAAGUGGCCUAAGAUGUGGUGACCCAUGGGACAUGGGUAGAGAAGAGGAGCAAAUUAAAGCAUGGCUGCCAGAUCUGAAAUAUUGUUUUGGCGUUAUUGAGAAUGGUACGGACAAAGAACUAAGGAAUCGUGUCCGAGCUUUCACAGGAGCUUUCAUAGUUAUGAUUUCCCCUGUGCUCCUUGCUAUCGUUCUCAAGAAAGUCAACUUAACCGGUGCCGGGAAGUAUCAGGGCAUCCGGAUGCUGGAAGUACUUGUUGGUCUUGUUCAAAGAAGGUUUCCCGACCUCGCAGCAGUUACUUUACUGAUGGGCAUACUACCCUUCCUGUGUGUCAUGGCAUCAGAAGCAUGCGACAUCUUGCCUCCUCUCAGUUAUGUCGCCCCAAGGCUGAAAGCUGCGACGAAGGUGCUGCUGUUCGUCGCUAACGUUUUACUGAUGCUCCUAGGUUGCGGGAUCUUACUUCUCUUCCACAAGAAUGCUCUGUUAGUAGUUACAUUUUGCUCGACCAUGGUGAUCGUUGUCAUGGUCGUCAACAUCAUAAUCUUCGUCAUCGGGUACUGCUGCGAUCCAGGCACAGAUGAAGAUGCCACUGCGGAGAACCACACUGAACUGGAGCACUUGCUGGAGUUCUCAGCUGGCGUAACCGUCAUGAUGUUCCUGGUGCUAGAAUGCGUGGUAUUAGAAGGCCUGCUGAGAAACAGUCAGGGACAAGCUGUGUGCCUGGGUGCCGCUCAGCCUCCAGCCCCGACGCCAUCAACUGCUCAACAAGGACAGGAAACGGUCCUUGGUGGCACCUUGCUCAUCAGUUUCUUCACCACCGCGUUUGGCGUGUCUCUCAUGAACAUCUGGACAGUGUUUGGCACGGCUCCGCGUCCGUGCACUCCUCCGUCAGAGCCGGAGCCGGAGGCCGGAGCUGCAAAUUCUGGCUCCGAGUCCGUAGGUGAAAUGGGCUCUGCCUCCUCUUCCAAACACGCAGAAGCGCCAAUGGCGGAGCCGCAGCCCAAGCGCCAGCAAACAACAAGCCCCAAGAGCAAAAGCAAAACUGUGACCUUGACAGCGACAUUGCCAUGGUGUUUGAAUUUCAUUCUUCAUGCUGUACCGGUUGCCGCGGUGCUGGUCCUGAUUACAUUGGAAGUGCUACCACAGAAAUUGAAACCAGCAGUGUGGCUGCCGUUUUUCCCUCCGGCCACAGUACUUUUGAUGUUGCUAGCGCGUUGCAGCUGUGAGGAAGACUCCUCGAAUAAAGAGGAUCAAGGGCAAGCAGGACCAAGUGGAGCACAAGCGGAGAAUCAGAUGGCGCCACCAGCAGAACAAAUAGUUGGCAGCGGUAGCGCCUCAUCGGAUCCAGCUGGUAAAGCACAGCAGCCCGAGGACAAGGACAAGGAGCCCGAAGAUGAAAAGCAACCGACGGAUAAGCCGGCCCCGUUGGAAUUGACCAAGGUGGCGUUUACGGGAUUCUUGGCUGUGGCAGUACCCAGCGUGACGAAUGCUUCUGUCGGCAACCCCUCCAUAGUUUUCGUGUUAUCUACUGCUGCUACCGUUCUCAUGGGCCUCUUAUGGAGGCUCCUGACUACGCACGAGGCCGAAGCCGAACCACCCUCACAUGUCCUCAAAGCUGCCAAUCAUGCUUCCUUCGGCGCCCAUCUGUUGAUUCUGAUCGCGGGGGUUGCGUUCUGGGUGAUGGCUGUCAAUGUCUAA